CAAAAGGACCCGCACAACUGCGGUAUAUGUAGUAACUAGGUCCACUGCACACGCUAAGCAUCCACAAGACCGGUAGGCCACCACACAAUUAUACAAGUACGUCAUACUCUUCCCUGGAAUCCAACCGGAACUUCACAGUAAGGCUAACACUUGAGGUGGUGGAAGAGCGAGCGGGACUCUGCAACCGAAACUGAAGUGGUCGAGAAAACCCUAGCAGUCGAAGAAGAAAUCGGAUCGUACGUCAAUGGCGGAGUCCGGCAAAUCUGCUAGUCCGGCCGAUUCUUAUAUCGGUAGUCUCAUCAGUUUGACGUCCAAGUAUGAGAUUCGCUACGAGGGCGUUCUUUACAGCAUCGACACUAAAGAAUCCACAAUCGGAUUGCAGAAUGUCAGGUCUUUUGGAACUGAGGGGCGAAAGAAAGAUGGCCCUCAGAUUCCCCCAAGUGAUAAAGUGUAUGAGUACAUUCUGUUUCGUGGCAGUGACAUCAAGGAUUUGCAAGUUAAAUCAUCUCCGCCUGUUCAUGCAGAACAGCAUAUACAAAAUGAUACUGCUAUUAUUCAGUCACACUAUGCCUCUGGACCUUCUGGUUCUUCAAACUCAGCUUCUGUUGGUGGUGGGACUUUGACAGAUUUAAGCUCCCAUGGAGAAUCAACUGCUUUGGCCCGAGAAGCCUAUCCUGGUGCUUUCCCUUUGUAUCAACCAGGAGCCCACUGGGGUUCUUCUCCUGCUACUCAAAACAGCAAUGAGGCAUCUCUUUCUAUGCCAUUGUACUGGCAAGGGUAUUAUGGAUCUUCAGGUGGUCUUCCUCAGGCUCAACAGCAAUCUAUGCCUUUUCAGCCUCCUUCUACCAUUUCUGUUCCAUUGACGCUGCAGAAUCAGCUGCUGUAUUCUGAAGUUCAGGAAUCUUUAAGUACUAGCAUGACAAACUUAUCAGAACCUGUUGCUCCUGUACCUUCAAAUGUUCCUACAGCUAAUUCUGUUCCUUCAAAAUUUUCACCCUCUCUUAAUCCAGCUAUUUCUACUUCGUUUAGUGAUGUACCAGCUUCUAUGUUCAUUAAGGCAUCUGUGCCUACUCAUUCUUCUUCUAAUUUAUUAACUGUAUCUUCACUUCCUUUAUCUAGUCAAUAUGUAAAUCCUAUUGCAGCUUCAGUUUCUGGUAAAGGUGGGUCUGCCCCAUUGUCAGUCCUUCCUGUUCAGUCCUUGUCUUAUUCUUCACCUUCCAUUGCUGGUUCUAUUUCAGGUUCUUUAUUAACAAAACCUCCGACUCUGUUAACUCCGGACCAGUUGACACAGCCUGGACCACCAGCAUCUUCAUCUAUCCAGAUACCAUACUCUGAUCAGAAAAAUGUGGAUGGUCUGAUGGCAGAAUCAUCAACAACUUCAUCCUCAGUUUCUACACCACUUCAAGUGCCAUUAUUGCCUCUGCCUCUCUCUUCACAGCAGUCUCAUCAGUCUCUGACAGAUUUCGGUGAAGAAUUUGACUUUAUAGCAAUGAAUGAGAAGUUUAGGAAGGAUGAAGUGUGGGGCUACCUUGGAAAGGCAAAAGAAAGGCAUGAAGAAGAAGGAACAGAGGACAGUCCUUCUAAUCAAUAUGCAGAAGAUGGGCACGGUGACAACGAGGUUUCAAAGUCAACUGUUAAACCUGUAUAUAACAAGGAUGACUUCUUCGACACACUUUCUUGUAAUUCACUAACCCGUGCAGCAAGGAAUGGACGGACCAAGUUCUCUGAGCGAAUGAAGCUUGAUACCGAGACUUUUGGCGAUUUCCAGCAGAGGCCUUAUUUGGGUCGUGGUGGCCGUGGAAUUGGACGUGCUGGGAAUUACAGGGGCUCUUACUAUAACUGGGGAAGGGGAUAUGGAUAUGGUCCUAGGGGGCGCGGUCAUUUGCCCAUUUAGCACAAUUUGAAUUUCCAUUUGUUCCAGAGGUGCACACAAGCCACACCUGUCUUUGUUUAAAAUUCCUCGGGUGUUUGGAGCUUCUAUCAAGUUGAAACUUUAGCUAUUUUGAGUUACAGGUAAGGGAAGGCCCAUCAUUUUUUUGGUUAUGGGCUGGUCAUUUCCAUGUGCUGAUGGGCAGUUCAGAUCACAGUAUGCUUAAUGCUUAUGGAAAUCAUCUUCAGGGAGUGACAUGUUUUGUCUGCCUUUUAUUUUUGUCUU